AUGUUGUUCCUGCUGCUCGCAUGCGCAUUUUCUGCAGUAUCUGCUCUGCUGCCGUCGCAGCCCUUUGGGAAGCUACUUAGCGAAAAGCAGUCCCCUACUAGCGACGCGCUUAACGUUGAUCUAGGGUACGCGAUCUACCGGGGUUUUUCGAAUGCCACUACCGGCAUCAAUACGUGGAGAGGAAUUCGGUACGCAGCCCCUCCAUUGGGCGCUCUUCGCUGGCAGAGCCCACGGCUCCCUGCCGUCCACCGUAGCGCUGUGAUCCACGCGAACGCUUACGGGCCCCAAUGCCAACAGGUAAGCUUUAGUGGAAUGCCGGGGCUGGCGUCGAGGAUGGGAGCAGGCGACUUCGAGAUGUCGGAGGAUUGCUUGUUUCUCAAUGUCCAGAGCCCAGCCGACGCACUCAACCUGCCAGUCCUGGUCUGGAUUCACGGUGGUGGCUAUGGCGCGGGCAGUGGCCAGAACGACUUCACUGAGCUCUUGCAAGCCAACGGAAACAGCUUUGUAGUCGUCUCGGUGCAAUACAGACUCGGUCCGUUUGGUUUCCUGGCCUCGGAAGAGGUGGCCAGGAGGGGCGUGACAAAUGCAGGACUGCUAGACCAGUUCUUCGCUCUCCAGUGGGUCCAAGCGUACAUCGAUCGGUUUGGCGGCAAUGCGUCCAUGGUCACCAUCUCGGGAGAGAGCGCGGGAGGAGGCUCCGUCAUGCUGCAGGGGAUGGCGUACGGUGGCUCUCUCGGAAACGCCCUCUUCCGCAGCGCUAUCGCUGCAUCACCGUACCUUCCUAGGCAGUACGCCUACGACGAUCUCCCUCCGACCCAGACCUACCACGAGUUUGCAGAUCGUGCAGGAUGUCGCAUAGACCGCGCCUCGCAGCCGCUGUUUGACUGCCUGGUGUCAAAGGACACGGCCACGCUGCAGAAUGCCUCUGUAGCCGUCACAGCUAUCAAGCCGUACGGCACUUGGGCCUUUCUGCCGGUCACCGAUGGUGUUUUUAUACAACGCGAGCCAAGUAGCCAGUUGCUAAAGGGGAGGGUCAAUGGGCGCAGCUUGCUAGUCAGCAACAACGCAAACGAAGGGCCUCUCUUCACUCCGCAAAACAUCACCACCGAGCUUGCCCUGCGCGCCUGGCUCCACCGCACCUUGCCCGAGUUCGGCGACGAAGAUGUAGACAGAGUACUUCGUUACUACCCCGGUAGCAACGCUUCCAACUGCCCCCAGUUCAACCAGGUUGGGACCAACGGCAUCGUCGGACCAAGUGCAUUGGACCAGAGCUCGCUGGCUACCGGACAGCAGCAGCGCGCAAACAACAUCUACGCGGAGCUCACCUUCGUGUGUCCCUCGUACUGGCUAGCGGAAGCGUAUUCUUCGCAGGGCCGCACAGCGUACAAGUACCAGUUCAGCGCUCUGCCGGGCACCCAUGCUUCCGAUCUGCACGCCUACUUUGGUCCGCUGGGCAGCGUCCCAUAUCUCAGCGCAGACCUGCAGCGGGCUUUUAUGAUGAUAUGGGGCCGUUUCGUCACCCGGGAGAACCCAUCCAUUCCCCUCGCCGUCGCAGCCGGCGCCGGCGCCCACGCAACGACUGGAGCCAGCGCAGCGGCUCGAUGGCCUGCUUUCUCGGUUGCGCAACCGUGCCAGCUCAACAUCAACCAGACCGGAGGCACGGCUGCGGUCGGAGCCAUAGACGUGUACUCUCCCGUCGACACCAUCUUCUUCACGGAGCCAGGACUGAGGAACAGCUUCUCGCUGGCAAAUGCGUACACGUGGGAGCUCGGACGCGGUGACCGAUGCGAUUUCUGGGGGAGGAUGGCUCCUAUUAUUCCGAUGUGA